CUUCCGGUCGUCAGAUGGUUCUCAGAGGAAAACAAAAUCGAAUGAAAUUACUUUCGAAAUGGACGUCUUUGACGUUGUUUCCUAAAUGUAUCUCUAUUUCGUAAUUUUGCAGAUCAGAGACUUCACGAGUUCACGUUCUAGCUAAUGCCAUAGCCAACCAAGGAGCACCUGUCUUUUCCCAGAUAACUGAAGGCGUCUGGAUAUGAUCUGCAGUUGCAGAUGAACUUCUUGUCCAAGUUCUCCUGGAAGCCUUUGACAACAUGGAGAAGAGUUGGGACAGCAUAGAUGAAGCAGGAGACUACUCAACAGAUGAAACUAGAAAUAUACCAAGCCAUUUAUGUCAGAAAAUCACUGAACACAAGGGAGCAGAAGGGGGAGAAGAGGUCCUGACUGACAAAACAUAUAAGAAGAAUAUGUCCGAAUUUAAGGUGAAGAAUGAAGAUGACUCUAGUCCUUUUUCGGACAUCCACAGUCAUUCAAAGAUCAUGGCUCAAGAUCUUCAACGAGGGGCAACAGAAGUCAUCCAAGAUAAGUGUUCCCCUUUCUUAGAAAGAUUAUGCCCUGUGGGCCUAACCAAUGUUCAGGAAAGUUGUAUUUUGGCUUCUGGAUUUGAUGUAAAAAAGAAGACCGGUAGAGAUUCUGCUGCAGUGGGGAUCGGUACUAUAGUUUCUUUCUCCCCCUUUUCAAGCAAUCUGUCAAAAAAUAUAAAGGGAACUGUCACACAGUCACCCAUAGACCUUGAGUUACAGCAAUCUUCUUUAUCAGACUCUUCUCUAAGUGACCCCGGACAAUAUUCAAGAGCGGUAGUGGAUGAGAAAGCCUAUGCUGAUGUAUCCCAUCAAAUGUUACCACUUUCGGAAACCAAAAAAGGAAAAGAGAAAAUAUCACUUUUGCCUGUGAUGGAAAAGCAACAAAAGCGAAAAGUUGGUCAGCCAUAUAAGAAAACUCUAGUGAAAAUGGCUAAACUUUCAGCAAUUGCCCAGGAAUGGGAUUCAGAUGCCACAGAAAUGUCCAGGGUGACUCGCAAUAAGGAUAAUCUAACACCCUCAUGCAAACAAACAGAUGAGAAGAAAUGGGAUGAAAUGUUAGAAUUUCCCCCAACUACCUCAAGUGCCACAAGCUUUGGAUGCAAUUCAACAUCUGAUUCUUCAAACCACCUUACUAUUUCACAUUCAGAUGACAUAUCUAAAUCUCAAAUAACUGGACAAAGCAUUUCUAUGGAAUUUAUCCAACCGCCCAGAGGACAGAGAACUUCAAAGACCACACAAAAAGCAGAAGAAGAAGUCCCGGCGCUGAAAUUGACCACUGCCGCAGAGGGGAAAGAUUCUCCUAUAGUACAAGCUCUGGCACAAAACACAUUGUUGCUGUCCGAAACUGUCUGCUCGUUUGAUGAUAACACAGAGGAUGCAUUGAAAGUACAAAAGAUACCUGGAAAAAAUACAGCAAUAACGUCCAAAGCAGGAAAUAGAAGGACUCAGGCGUUCAAAAGAAACAGAAUGACUCCGAGCAGCCUCUUGACCACUCAGUCACAGAGUAGCAGCGCUACACCCCAAGAAAAUUGUAAUUUGGGACUCUCUCAAGAUGCAACUCCACUACAAUCAUCUGACAUAAAAAUGGAGCCUAAAUACUUGUAUAUAAAAACAGAGCCCAAAUUCUUGUCAGACACUGGUGUCUUGGAUGUCAAGAACAAUUUGAAGGAACACCGAAAAAGAGAACCCUCCAAAAACUUUACAGAAGGGAGUGGUAAAAGUCCUGGUGUGAUGUCUAGAUGCUUUGACUUGUCUAUCACUCAAAAAGACCAGGGGGCACCAAGUGACAUAAGGAGGGAAAUCAAAUAUGUCACUGCUAACACAUCAGCUGUAGGAAACCAGGGGGAAAUGACUCAGAGAACUCAAGCUCUCUCAGGACUGAAGAGUAUUGAGGAUGUGCUGAAAUUGAAGCGGAAAGCUGGUCGACCAUUCAAGAAAAAGACAUUGUUUAAAAUGGCUAAACUGCUAGCGAUAGCACAGGAAGGUGGAUCUAAUGAUACGGAGAACUGUGGCAUGAUUAAAGAGUGUGUUCCAAAAUUCCAGCAGGUCCCUGCCUAUCACCCCCCCAAGUCAAAAGUAAAGAAGACGGAUACAAGAACUGUGGCAUCAAAUUCACCUACAAGCACCUCAAGAAAAUCCAGCAGAACGUGUAAAGCGACCCCAAAAACUGUUCAAAAGAUGCAAAUCCUCACACACACGCCCACCCAACCAGUGUUACCAGUUUCAUCCUAUCUUAUUGAACCCAUUCUCAAAUUGGAGGACACAACUCUUAUCUCACCGUUGUCUGUCAUUCCUCUAUGUAGUGCAGAUAUUUCCCCUCAACAGGAAAGUCACAGAGGUGGAAAACCCCUGAAGAAAAACACACCAUUUUACAAAAACAUGACCACUGCAGUCCCACAUCCUCCAAUAUUUGCACUAGAUUCCAAGGCCCUUGCUGAGAUUGCCUCUACAGGGAAUGACAAAGAAACAAAGAAAGACAUUGGAUCCAAAAGUAAAUGCAAACGGGUGCCUAGAACUCGUGGUGUAUCAGAAUUACCGUGUACAAAUGGAAUUCCUCAGGGAGAUAUACAUACCCAGACUAAUAGGGAUGAGGUGUAUUCCAAGACUUCAGCACCUACUGUGCCACACUCCCAGAAAUCACGGAAACGUGGGGUUCAACAUAAGAAAGGUACAGAAAAGGCACUUGUCCAAUUAUCUGAUCAAACUACCCUUCCUGUUUCAGAUUGCCAGUUGCAGGUGCAAAAUCACAGUGCAUCUCAGGAAACGCCUUUACUGCCAUCAAAGAUUGAGACAGAAUCUGACACUGUAUACCCGACACCGAGAACGGUUACAAAGAAUAUUCCAAAGAUGUGUAAGGCAAGAAACAAACCUUUACUGAAAGUUGAGAAAGCACAGGUGCCAACUCUGGAUCCUUCCCUUGUAGUGGAACAUAUGCGUCCCGAUGUGCCAGAAGUGGAUCAAAUGAGACAAGUGGAAGCAGUGAUAGAGUCAGUAAUUAAAGAUGUUCACCAACCACUGGAACAUGUGGAUCAAAGAAACAAAAAUAAAGAAGAAGCCAGCAAUGUUUCUGCAUCAACUCUGGAUUCUUCACUUGGAAUGGAACAUAUGCGUCCUGAUGUGCCAGAAGUGGAUCAUACAAGACAAAUGGAAGCAGUGAUGGAGUCAGUGACCGAGGAUCUACACAAAAAAGAGGUCAGUGAUGUUUCUGCAUCAGCAUACUCAACCUUUCCUUCCUCAGAUAACCUGUUUGAACAACAUAACCAUAGUACAUUAUCUCAAUCGCCUUUGCUGACAUUAGAAAUAAAGACAGAAUCGGGCAGAAUCAAGAAUGCCCUACCCAAAAAGUCUAAAAUAUGCAUGAAAGAGAAACAUACGUCAAAAAGCCUAUUGAAAAGUCAUAAGAAAGCAUCUAUGCCAACUUCAGGUCCUUCAUCUGACACAGUGCAUGCGCCAUUCAAAAGAGUUAAGAAGAAUUCCACUACUUGUCAAGAAAGAAAAAGACCUUCACAGAAAGUUGAGAAAGCACAGGUGUCAACUCUGGAUAUAAACUACUCUGGAGAGAAACAUAGAAGUCCUGAAAUCCCACAAAUGGAUGAAAUGAGACAUGUGGAAGCAUUUAUAGAUGCAGUGAUUGAGGAUCUCCACAAACCACUCAAACCUAAGGAUCAACAAAAAAAGUUAAAAGAAGAGACUGAUAAUGUUGCUCCAUUAGAACCAACAACCUUUCCUGCCUUGGAUAACCUGUUGGAACAGCAUAACCAUAGUAAAUUACCUCAAUCUUAUUUUCUGUCAUCAAGAAAGACAAAAUCAGGCUUGAAACAUGCCGUACCCAAAACGGCAACAAAGAACAAGUCAAAAGCAUGCUUUAAAGGGAAACUCUCUAAAACUGAUAAGAAAGCAGCUGUACUAACUUCCGAUCCUUCUAUUGGAGGUGAAGAUGGAUAUCUUGAAAUGCCUCCCCACCUUAACCAAGCAGAGAAAGGAGGAAAGAGUGAUGGAAAGAAGAAUAAUGAUGUAGUAAAGCAUGAAAUAUCAGUGACAGAUGACCAUUUGGAAACAGCAGCCCACAAACCACAUCAGCGUAAAGGGCCAAGAAAGAAGCUAAAAAAAGAGGACUGUAGUGUUUCCAAACCAGAUCAAGUAGAAUCCACUAUCUCAGACAGCCAGCUAAAACAGCAUGACCACAAUGCAUUAGAGCAUGUUUCUUUGCUAGCAUCAGAGACAAAGACAGAAUCAGGAAUGGAACAUAGCAUACCUGAAAUGGCAACAACAAAUAAGUCAAAAUCAUCCAGGAAAAGAGACCUCCCUUUAAAAGCACCCCCAAUAAACGCUAAAAGAGCAGCUAUGCUAACUUCAAAUCCUUCUCUUGGAGCAGAAGUUGGAUGUCUUGAAAUGCCUCCCAACCUUAUCCAUGCAAAGCAAGGAGGAAAGUGUGAUGGGAAAAGCAAUAACAAUGUAGUUAAACAUAAAAAAGAAACAGUGACAUCAGUGAUGGAAAAACAUAUGGAAACAGAGCGCAAACCACGUACGGGGUCAAAAAAGAAUCUGAAAGAAGAGGACAGCAAUGUUUCCAUAUCAGAACAAGCAGCAACUCUUACCUCAGAUAAACAUCCCAACCAAGUUUCUUCGCUGGCAUCAGAGAUCAAGUCAGAAUCUAACAGUGGAUGUGUCACACCCACACAAAAAAAGUAUAUUUCAAAGGCAUGCAAGAAAAGGAAGAUAACUCCAACCCCACCAAGUUCAAAACUUUCUCUUGGAAUGGAAUAUGGAUACUCUGAAAUGGCUACCAAUUUCACACAUGUGGACCAGGUUCAGAAUAUUCUUGAUACUUAUAAAAUCUCCAAAGUGAGAAAAAGAAUUACUGGAUCAAGCCGUCCAAUAUCCAAUCGAAGAAAUUCCAGACUGCCCUACACAUCUAAUUCACAUAUCACAACUGAGUCGAUGCAAGAUCAAGUAAUUCUAUCGGUUGCAUCAGAUCUCACCAAUAACCCUACCAGUCCUGUAUCAAUAACAGUGUCCUCAAUUGCAGUGCAAGGACAGAUUACUGAAUUAGUGAGUGCUGACUGUAUCGACAAACGGUCACAUAAAAUGAGGACUCCUAAGACGAUAAAACCUCAGAGACCAAAAGGCACAGGUCUUGAUAAGAAUAUCACAGAUGACAACAUGUCUCUCAAAUUCUUAUCAGCAUUUGUAAAAGAGGAACUCAUUGAGGAAGAAAAAAGCCCAGAAAAUAGGGGGAAAGAAGAUGGCAAAGGGAAGAAAGGCAAAAUUCUCAAAAUAGACGAUGUGAAUCCACAAAGUAAACACAGCCAAUCUCAGGUGAAGGAUGGCAAUGCAUUAACAGAUGACAAAUUCAUUUUACAAGUCCCUAUAGAUGAAGCAGGGGGCUCUAUGUCUAUUGCAAUAGACACAAUCAGUACUGUGAUUCCAAAAAGUAAAAAAGGUGGUCGUUUUUCCAAGAGAUUGCAAAAAAUGUCAUCUACCACCAACGUUCCCAGUGAACAGCAAUGCAUUAAUAUGUCCCCAGAAAAAACAUCUCUGUGUGUCAGCAAUAUAUCAGAAAUACAAAGAAAGCGAAAAGUUGACACCAGAAGUACUGAUUUUGUUAAUGCAGAUAUAAAAGUCCUAAAUCCUAAAGAUGAUCUUAGUGAUAGCUCUGUAUUAGUGGACUCGUCCUUACUGGAGAAUCAGAGAAUGAAGAACAAGGGUAAGAAAAAUUCCAAGACAAUUACGGAAGAACCGACAGUGGCCACAUCAGUUGUAAAAGAGAUGGUGGGGCAAGAUUUUCAGACCACCAUAACAGCACUGAAAAAUAAACAAGGUCGGCCAUACAAGAAAAGAACUUUGAGAAUGGCAAAAUGGCUGUCAUGUGGAGAGCAGAGGUCAAACACUAGCGGGGAACUUUCUGUGAAUAAGACACAGAGCUGUAAAUCAAAGGGAACUUCUAAGGGAGGGAAAAAGCACAAUUUGAACCCAGCGUCGUCAACCUUAAGGCACACUAAAGCAUCCAAGGCAAUGAAGAUUGAAGACAUUGCUCUUAAACAAGAGCAAGAUGACAUAUGGGAGAUCGUUGAUGUAUCCAGCAACAUUUUCUCCUCACAAACUGUGACUAUUUCCCCCAGUAUUUCAGGGCAAGAAUUUGAAACCUCCAUAUCUUCAGAAACAAUGUUCUCUGUUGAUGCAGGGCCGAUACAAGGAAUCCAGCAAAUUGAAUCUACCCAAUUAACACCCCAUCUCACAAAAUUACCUCAUAAAGUGACUGGCGUGAAGAAGAGACGCAGGAGAAAUAAAACUGGAUGGGCUACAAAAGUGAAAUCCAAACGACCACUCUCCAAAGUGAACUCCGGGGAUAGGCUUGACGUUUUGAUUCAGUCUACCAUUGACAACACUGGACUCAACACUAGCCUCUGUAAUUCAUUAAUGGAAAAUUACACAUUGGAAAGUGUUGAACAAGAAGAAUGUAGAGCACAAGAAGUGAAAGCAGUAACAAACAAUUACAAUGUAGUUAAUGUUAGGGAGAUCAACUGUGGAGAUCAACUCCUAACAGCUCGUGCUAAAUUACAGCAUUCAAGUGUACUUCAACAAAAUUUUAAGACAAGGAAACCAAUGUCAUGCCACUUCUGUGGUCGCUCAUUUCGUCACAUAUCAGCAUACACAAUUCACAAGCGCAUUCACACAGGUGAGAAGCCUUACAGGUGCCAGAAGUGCGGCAAGAGCUUUGCUCAGCUCUCCAAGCUCAACUCGCACUCAAACAUCCACAAACAUGGACUCAUGCAAUGCCCAUGUUGCGUCACUCAGUCUCCAAACAAAGAUGACUUGAUUGAUCAUUUAAAGAUCCACAUGAAGGGCACCAAGAGGUUCAGCUUGAUUAAUAAAACGAAAAGAGCCAGAGAAAUUCAGAUCCAAUCCUGCGCUGAUUAUAUAGAUUCCCCAGUCUCCCUUAAUGGCAGGAAAACCCUUAGAUGCUCCACUUGUUUCAAAUAUUUUUUCAGCAAGGCCACAUUGAAGAUACACCUGCAAACACACAGUGGAGUGAGUCGUUUCACCUGCAAAGUCUGUGGCAAGAUGUUUAGCAAGUUCUUAAGUUUCAAUGCACAUGAAAAAACACACUGGCCUGUUAAACCGUAUGCCUGCUCUGUGUGUGGAAAAGGCUUUGUUCUGCUUAGGGAGCUUAAAACCCACUCUCAUAUGCACUCAGGAGAGAUGCCUUUCUUCUGUAACCAAUGUGGACAGGCCUUUAGCGUCUUCUCAUCCUUGCGCACACAUCAAGUCUCCAAAGUGUGUUUUGAGGCUAGAUAUGAGGGAGAUGUAAACAAGGUUGACAUUGAGGGGUUCCUGGUGGAGCAAAGGACUGAUGGGCAGAUUAAUACCCCGAUGUACUUUAAAUGUCAGAUUUGCAAACAACUUAAUCGUCACUGGUGUCAGUAUAUUCUUCAUCUACAAACGCACACUAAUAACAGGCCAAACCUUUGUGAGGUAUGUGGACAACGGUAUGACCAGGUCACAGAAUUGUGUGUUCAUUGUAAAGUUUGUUGCAAAUCAAGUGGAGAGGAGAGGGCAUGCAUUUCGUCCUUGUCACAGGUCUGGUACGAACCCCAAUCUCUGCAGAAUCAGACGCCUGAGCCUGAAAUUGAUUCUCCGUACAAUGAUAGUCAGGAAAUGUUAUCUUUGGAUGACCAGCAUCCCCAAUGUAAGGAGCCUGAGCCUCUGCCACCUCCGGAAACUAUGGAGGAGUAUUCCUCAGAUGUGCUUCCACAAAACCCCAAACCUGCUUGCCAGACCCCAGACCCCAGACCCCAUCCUUCUCCCUCAAACUCCAUGUGUGCAAGUCCUGCUCUAUCUUCCCCUUCUGUAAUGAGCUGUAAUUCCGUACGUGUGGUUCAACAGCCUGCAGGUGUUCGCUCUUGUUUACAGACCCAUGCCCCUUGUGACAGGUAUUCAUGUGGACAAUGUGGAAAAUCCUUUAACCAGUGGAACAAGCUCUGGUUGCAUCAGGGACUACACAGAGAAAAACGCUAUAGCUUCUCAUGCAAUCAGUGCAAUUUAGAGUUUCGCUUCUUUGGCUCCUAUAGGGAGCACAUGCAGGAACAUGCAGCACAGAGACCAUAUGCUUGUCCAUUAUGUCCCAAAACCUAUGUCAUUGAAGAAGACUUAAAUACCCAUCUGUGUGAAAAUCACCAGCCGCGUGAAAGCCUGAAAUGUGACACGUGUGGAAAGGAGUUCACCGGUUUCAGAAACUUGGAGAAACAUCGUCUUUUACACAGAGGUGCUAGCUCGCACUACUGUCUCCCUUGCAUGCUCCCAUUUCCUAGUAACCAAGCCUUACAGAAUCACUUGAAGGCUCACGAAGCCCGCCCUGUUAUCCCUCUCCCUGAAGGGCCAUUGGAACCACUUCUAUUUCCAUAUCGCUGUGGAAAAUGUAAUGCCAGAUUUACAACCACAGACUUGCUCCAAGCCCAUCAGGUUUGCCAUCUUAUUGGGGGGAAAAAAGCAUAUAGCAGCAGUUCAGCUAAUUAUGUUUCUGCAUCCCUUACCUCCAAGCUUUCAAACAAGCCAAGACAGAGAGUCACGCUGCUAUCCCCUCAGACAAUACCAAUUCCUCCGUCAAAGAAAAGGAACAUGUAUAGGUAUCCUAACCCUGAUCGUCUUUAUGUCGUCCCUAAAUUAUCCUCACAGCCAUCAGUCAUUAUUUCAGACACAGAAGAAGAGCCUCAAGAGCUUCUAAACAUUAGCUUAUCCUCAGUCUACGACACACCCUGUAACACUGUGUCCCUUGAACAUGAAGGGCAAAUCAUCCCUAGCAAUGAUUGUUGUGAGGCAAGCAACUCCGAUUUACCUCAGCCCUCAUAUCCCUCCUCAUGUGUUCUUACUGAUGAACCAACUCAAUGUACACCAAAGCCCCAAACAGACACCACACACAUGCCGACACAUGAACCACCCUCACCCUGUCCCCUGGAUAAAGGUCCUCAGAAUGUACCAGCCCAAAUACGAGACAAGUCUAAGGGUGAUCAUGAUGCUUUCUUUAGAGCCUCAACAUUUGUGAUACCAAGGGGCAAAAAGUGGGGGUAUGAUGCCUUUGAGUGUGUGGAUUGUUGGGUAACAUUUAGUGACGUCUCAGAGUUACAUGAGCAUUACAUACAUCAUGCCAGGGGGGUGAAGUGAAUGUCAAUACAUAUUUUCACAAUUCCACUAUUGUAUAUAAUUGCUUUUGAUGAUAUUGGUCAUUUACAUCUGAAGAGUACGAUAUCUGUUUCUGAGUUCACCAUAGUUGUCUUAAUAGCUAUAGCAAUGGUUAAAGGAAUAAUCCACACAAAACCCCUAAUUACUAUGAUUUACAUUGUUAAAUAACGCCUUUUGCAUUUUGUCGUUAUAAGGCAGGAAGCAACAUAUGAUAAUUGUUGUAGGAAUCUGUUGGAGCUCUCUCUGGACAGGAUUGCUGGCUAGCUACAAAACAUAGCUACACACGAUAAUAUCAAAAUCAAUAUCAGCAUGUGAAGUAGCUAGUCAGCUGUAAAAUCCCUGAGAAACACUGCGCUAUUAAUUUUAGGAGUUACAAUCUCACCAUGUUCAACCUGGUGGAGAUUGUCUUGCUCAAAAUAGUGAGUGAGGUUGCUAUGACAACGCAAUGACCCUGCCUGCACUGCGAAGGUCGCUUUGCGUGAUGGUAGUUAAAGGACAUUGAUCUGACGGUGCACUUUGAGUUUGAAUGAAAUAUAUACUUUGUCAUGACAAUAUAGACUGUUGGAUGUGUUCUAGACUAGUAUGUCAAUGUCAUCUAUUGUCUGAUUUGGCAAUCUGGAGUGCAGGUAAUUGUUUUAAAAGAAUUAUGAAAUAUGCUAGUUUGUUAUUGCCUAUUUCCAUAGACAAAAACUUUAUCGUGAUGACGCGGCACAACACAAUUUCGGACCAGAAGUUAAAUCAUGCCAUGGUGAAAAUAAUCAUAGAACAGACUAUCACCAAUUUGAGAGGUGUUUCAUUCCUUCAGUGGAUUAUUUCUUUAACGUUGACAUGAACUUUUUUUCCUUAAAAAAAACAUUAUUUAUAUUAUUUGAAUAUAUCCGGGGAAUACAUUCUCCCCCCCCACCCCCAAAUUGUACAGUACUACAAAAAUGUGCCUUUUGAAUAGAUUACGAACUUGUCGUACUUUUAAACAGUUACUCCAAUCUAUCCAGUUUUAUUUGUUCUCUUUUUGGAAGAGCAUUUGGAAAGUACCCCUUUCAGACCCCUUGACUUUUUCCACAUUUUGUUACAUUACAGCCUUAUUCUAAAAUGGAUUCUAUUGUUUUUUUCCCCCUCAAACAAUCUACACACAAAACACCAUCAUGACAAAGCAA